UCCGCCGACGAACUGAGGUACGGAGGCCUGAGACAUAUUUUUGACUGUUUGUUGCGCGCUGGACCGUCUUCUCGGCAGUUGCGUCAGUUCGGCAUUUCGGGAAUCACGCGUCCGAUAUUUUUGACCGGCCAGAAUCGACUGGAAGAAUACUUCCUCGCGACCGCUCCACGACAGCUUUGACGUUCCCAGUGUCGUCGCAGCUAGCAACGAGACAAGGAACACCAAAGGUUGUGUAAUUCUCAGAGACACCCAACGGUGUGGUUCGGGAGCUGUCUCGCUCCCAUUUUUUUUCUUUUUCUUUUGCAAUAACCUGGUCUGGUAUCCGCUCGCCGAUUACGUCUCAGAUUUCGGUUCUUUACGACGUCCAAACGCAGAUAAUUUUGUUUGUUUGGUCCUUUUUUACACCACAUCGAACUUCGUUGGUCUGCCACCCAUUAUGAGUGCUGCAAUCGCCGUGGCUCCGUCGCCAGCACCUUACGACAAGCCAGGUUGCUCCGAUUUUCCGCCCCCGCCCUCUCCAUCAUCACGGAACAGGUCUGCGAAUAUGGCCACUCAAGCCGCGAACACUUCUCGCACCGACAGCCACAGCCCCAAAGGGAGAUCUGGUCCUAUAUCUUCUCCCCCCAGCUUAAAUCGGAAUGGCGGCGCUCCCCCCAAGAUUUUGGUCAAGAAAGAGCCGCGAUCCCCCGAACUCCCUGCGCCCAGGCAUCGUCCGAGAAGAUUAGACUUGUCGAAGGGCCCAAAACCCAGUUCCAACCAGCCCGGCACUGCUCGUCCGAUGACUGCCCGCGAAGGACUCGGCAUCCAAGAGGUAGGCAUUGCCUGCCUCUCCCCCGGUUUUGUGACCCACGACCCUAUCAUGCAGGAGCAAGUACAGCGUAGCAUGAGCGUGCGGGACCAACAGCGCCACCUCAUCGAGCAGAGGCUGCAACAACAGUCGGCAAAGGGAGACGGCCCCGACAUGGCCGGCAGAGAUCCCGUCUCGCAGUUCGCGGCAAAGACGCCCGGCAUGUCUCGACGCAACAAGGCGCCUCCCGGCCUCUCCAUCAUAGCCCCUUCUGCUCAGCAGUUUGCCCACGAGAGAGUCAUCCAGUCUGCCCCGCUGGGUCAGUCGUUUACCGGUCGACACAAUCCGCAGCCCCUCACCCGCCAUAUCACCAACCAGCCCGCCACGCUGUCCAACACCUCACAUAUCCAUCACGUACCCGCCAACCAGACCAAGAACCGACUACCUCCCAUCUCGGACGUCUUUGGUCAAGAUCUUUCUGGUCACCCGGACAAUGCUCCCGUUUCCAUUUACCUCGGCGGCACGCCCCGGGGCCCUUUGAUGUCGCCGGGCCACCCGCCCCCCGCUAUGCAACACCAACAACAACACCAACACCAACAACAAGUGCCACCACCCCCCACCAGACCUAGGGAGUAUCAAUCCGCCGAAGAAGCCCAAGUCGAACUUGCCGGCGGAAGAACCGAACUGCUACCCAAGAUUAUCCACUACGGCGGACCAUCUCAGCCACCGACGCCGCCCUCUCCCCUGCCGGGGACCAGGGCAGCCGACCCCAGCCAGCCGUCCAGCAGGCGGAGGACGAGAGCGGAGUACGAAGAGGGUGCCAGCCCGCCUCUUGGAAACGGGCCGGCACCUACCCGGAGGGGUCCCUUUGGAGCAGGACGCGACAGCCCCGAGACGCAGAGGGCAAAACGAGACGAGUUCCUUCAGUUGUGCGGGCGUGCCUGGGACCUUUUCCACUCGUGACGAUGUCUCGCGGCAAGCAACCCCCGCGGAAAUUAACUCGAUAUUAUCGCAUGUGGCUGUCAGGGAACGUGACUGUCCAAAUCACUACCUGGAUGCUUUUCAGACUAUCUACACGCUUUGUUCGGAAAACAUGGGAGUUGGUCUCGGCGAACAUGAUCGACCUUUUUUUUUUUUUUCUUUUUUUUUUCCGACCACCUUUUACUGUCUUAUGAUUCUUGUAUAAAUUGCGGCCGUGGCGGAG